AUGGUGGAUUCGGCCACCAAUCAACCAAUACCCUACACAUUCUCUGGUGGCUACGCUGUAUUCACACCCUCGCCUGUCCAACCAUCCGUCGUGCUCUCCUACGGCAACUCUGGCUGCAUGUUAACCAAGUCCUACAACAUCAUUCAGACCAACAUUACCUACAUCCAGCCACUCUGUCCAUUCACCAACUAUGUGAUCAACUUUGUCGGCAACUCAUCGAUCAAGUCGUACUACCUCAGUACUGCUCAAGCAUUCACGAGACAGGGUGCGUCGCCACCUUACUCCUUCCAGUAUGACAACCCCGCCACCUACACGAUCAAGACAUCAGAAGACUCUGUGAGCACGAUACCCCCAACCAACGCCUGCACCUACCGUCUGAGCGUGUAUCCCAAGUCCACAUCUACUCCCACGCUAAGUCUAGUGUACCCAACCUGUAGCCUCUUGAAUGGCUCCAUCACAGUUACCAACGCUGCUUCAUACAGCUCAAUUGCACUGUAUGACAAGAACAUGAUCGCUGUCUCUGGUAGCAAUGGUGUGUACACUGGACUCGGUUUCCAGACUUAUACAUUGGUUGUUCAAUCUGGCCUGUGUGGCACACAGACAAUGAAGGUGGACAUGCCCAAGGUAUCACCAAUAAUCAAGCUAGAUGUACUUGGUUAUCAAUGUCCAAACAAUGCCACUGUCAAGGCUACAUUGAUCAAUGGUAACAACACCGAUCCAUUGCUUUACUUCUACAUUGGUGCGAGACAAGUUCUGCCCACCUUCACCAUGGACCUCACAAUCAAGAAUCAGAUCAUCUACAACCUCAAAGGAUGUACCUCAGUCUACAACUACGUCCCAUCACCAUACACCAAGAACAUUGGAUACCAGGUUGUGUCGAGUGACUAUUGUAAGACGGUGAAUGUGUCUGUGACUGCCGGACCAGAGGUAUCGAACAUUACCGUGACCAACCCUUUGACAAAGGAGAAUAUCACAUUGGACGCCAAUAAUAGGUUCAUGGCCAACUACUCAACCAACUAUGCCGUCUACUCCACAUGCUACUCCGAUCCAUACCUGUUCUCAGUGCCAUACCCCAUCCCAGAGUACGAGAUCUCAGCUGGUGACAACAGUUUGGACAACACUUGUUUCUACAACUUCACUUUGCGUGUAUUCAACUUCCUCCAGUUCGUCAACCUCACAUUGGUCGAGGUGACCGACUACACUCAACCGUACCACCCAACCCCCAUCAACAUGGCACCAGACAGUCUUGGCUACUUCCGAAACAUCCCUCGCUUCAAGUCGUACCAGCUCAAGUUCAAUUACAACAACAACUGCUCAGGAAUGAACACCAUCUCCAUUGCCCCACAGCAGGCCACCGUUGAUCCCUACACCCGCAUCACCAACACCAGCCGAGUCUUGAGCUGGCCAAAGUGUUCGGCCACCGCCAGUAACAACUUGAUCAAGGGUAUUCUUGAGGUGACCCUGACCGGACCACUCGGCAUCCAAGUCUACAACGUGUCCUUCCAGGAGAACGAGGUUGUGACUGCAUAUUACAACGCCAAUGGAUGCCGCUUCAUUGGAUUCCAGUGGUUGGCACCAAACUACCGUGACCCAUACUACACCCAUCUCACAUUGAUGAGGAAUGCCUCGUGUCCAUACGCACACGACUCGCUGAUCUUUGUCAACCAGACACUCCAGGUCAUUGUCUAUGUUGAGAACAACGCCAUGCCCAUCACCUCAGGAAUGUUCUCACUCCACCCUGGUACCUACACUUUCAAAUUCUUCUACUUUGCCAGUCAACUCUGUAAUGACUACCGCAACUUUACCAUCGGCUAUGACAAUGAGUACAAGCUCAACUACAAGAUCACACCUGUUACUGAUUGUGGAGAUGUGGCUGGAGGUGGCCAACUUCAAUUGACUGGUAACUUCACGGAUUUGACAUUGAGUGGAAAGAAUCCCAAUGGAAACCUCAAUCCUGUUUGGACUGGUCUGAGAUCACAAGAGUAUAGAGUAUCGUUCACAGAGGUUGGAUCAUCAUGCAAGGGUGACAACUAUCCAAUCUUUAUACCACCCGUUGAAGUGGACUUUGCCACGACUACAAUCAAUCCAACUUGUACACCAUACAUCCAGAUGGCCGGUGAUGGAUACAUGCAAGUUAAUGUGACAACCAAGGUCGGUGGUGUCAAGCUACCCAUCACAAGCAUAUCAUACAACCAGCGUGUCAAUGUCUUUGAGAACCAGAGCUACCUAUCCAACCUUGGCGCAGGUGUCUACGACCUGUUCAUUAUUUCCAAUCAAUGCGAAUGGAAGACCAAUGUCACCUUGCCAAUGGAUCCACUACCAUUCAAGUUCACUGUCAAUCAACCAUCAUGCCCAUAUGGUGGAAGCAUUGAUGUGACUACGACCAGGAGCAAUAUCAACUUCCAAGGAUUCGUUGACCAGGAGUCGAAUGGAAACUCAUUGUACCAACUCUAUCCAAACAUGACUGUUAAGAUCAAGUGGAAUGAUUACUGUAUCGCUUCAGUACCAUUUAACAACAUUGUUUCCGCUCAGCCCAUUCCACCAAGUGUCAAGAUCACAGAUGCUUCAUGUGGAGGCUUUGAUGGUGCGAUCAAGGUCACAGACAACCUGGCCAACUACAUUGUCUACUUGGAGAGUCGUCAGCCAACAGCACCAGGCGAGUGGUCUGGUCUGAGCGCAGGCACAUACACGCUCACAUACACCAAGAUUCAGACUGGAUGCAAAUCAUCAGUCCAGCUCACAGUCGGCUCAGACACAUCGAUGGCGGCAGUCCAAACCGCCAAAGAGUCGUGCCAUGGAAGCUAUAAUGGUGUUGGAAUGAGCAUUGAUUCAUCAAACUAUGCCACACAGGUCGUGCCCGCCAGUCCAGCCACCUUCAACCCAUGGAGCGUCUUGACCACACCAUUCCAGGCUCAGCAGUUGAGUGGAGUGUUCCCUCAGCUGACCCAGGGCAACUACGUGGCCUACGCGACCAGUCGAAGCAACCCAAUGUGUGUCCGCGCUGCGCCAUUCACCAUCAAUGCCAACGAGCCAGUGACCAACGAUGUCACCAUCACGCCAAUCUGUCUGAACGAGUCGUACGCCAACAUUGUGCCAUCUUUCUUGCCAUCGGACUACACCAACAUUGAGUACGUCUUGGAUGGCGUCACGAUUUCCAACCCAACACAGGAGCAGAUCAAGCAGGGCUUCAACGUCACCAACAACCAACAACAUACAUUGAGUGCCAUUGUCAGGGAUCAGAGAUGUCCUCGUGUUCUUGCACAGGCCGCCAUCAAUGUGGCUGCGGUCUGUGGAGGAUCCACUACGACUGCCAGCACCACUGCCAGUACCUCAGCUUCGACCACGGCAACGACUGCCUCGACGACAGCCACUACCACGGCCACCACAACAGCGACUACGACGGCCUCCACCACUGGCGGUGUGACAAUGUCCACAACAACAGGAGAUGGUAUGAAUCUGUCAUCACAGCUUCGUACUCCGUGGAGUCUACUAUUGAUCCUAUUAUCACUAUUAUUACUAUGUAUUGUACAAUAA